CCUUUGUGGCUCUCGGAGUCGGGGCUGUUUGGAUGUAUCUGGGAGCUUAGGACUUUCUCGGCUUCUAGGAACUGAGUUCGCAAAGCCCCUACAACAGAUGGGCUCACCUUUCCUGAGUUCACAAUUUAUAUAGGGGGUUGGAGCUCUGGAUGUGUGGGUGUGUCUGCGUGCACUUGGAGUGAUCCAGGGCCCAGGAACUCCCAGUCACUGGCUGGGACUGGUUAACAUCAGUGGAGUUGGGGUUCCUGCAUGACAUUCCAGGUGGACUGCUAUCGCAGGGGUCCUUGGAGAUCUCUGAGGACGCCCCCAGGCUCCACCCCAUCAUGUGGUCGCCCGGGCUCCGCCUCUGUCCCAGUUCCUGUUUCGGCCUCUGCUGUCCCGCUUCGGCCCCUAGUGCUUCCCGCAGACGCCUGUUCUUCCUGCUCAGUCCCGGCUGCCUCUUCCUGGGCGUCUGCUGCCCGCAUCUUUGCUCACCCCGCAGGGGGAUGGGGCCUCCCCACGGCCUGGACCGACCACCCUCUUGGACACCCCGAGGCUACUCGGCCCCGCCCUGACUACCAGCCCCUCUGGUGCUGCGGCCCCCCCAGGAUGAAGGGCGGCCAGGGGGACGCGGGCGAACAGGCCCCGCUGAACCCGGAGGCCGAGUGCCCCACGGGCUCGGCUACGUACCGAGAGUUCGUGCACCGCGGCUACUUGGACCUCAUGGGGGCCAGUCAGCACUCGCUGCGGGCGCUCAGCUGGCGCCGCCUCUACCUCAGCCGGGCCAAGCUCAAAGCCUCCAGCCGCACGUCUGCCCUGCUCUCGGGCUUCGCCAUGAUGAGAAAACUGAGGAUCAGAGAUGUUAAAAGACACCUGCCCAGAGUCCCACAGCAAGUGGCUAUGGUGGAAGUACAACUGGAGAAUAACCACGAAUAUCCGCCAGGCCUGCUGGUGGCCUUCAGUGCCUGCACCACCAUACUAGUGGCUGUGCAUCUCUUUGCACUCAUGGUCUCCACGUGUUUGCUGCCCCACAUUGAAGCUGUUAGCAACAUCCACAACCUCAACUCUGUCCACCAGUCUCCACACCAGCGACUCCACCGCUAUGUGGAGCUGGCCUGGGGCUUCUCCACUGCCUUAGGCACCUUCCUUUUCCUUGCUGAAGUUGUCCUGGUUGGCUGGGUCAAGUUUGUGCCCAUUGGGGCUCCCUUGGGCACGCCAGCCCCUGUGGUACCUGCCUCCCAGGUGGCUGGAACUCUGCCACCAGUGGCUACCUCCGUGAAUCCAGCUUCUAAGCCACCCUUUAUUUCUGUGGUCCAGCCACAGGCUGAGCCAUCUGAGCCCUGCCCACCCCAGCAAACAUGUGGUGGUGGUGGGGCCCAUGGACCAGGAUGGCAAGCAGCCAUGGCCUCCACAGCAAUCAUGGUACCUGUGGGGCUUGUGUUUGUGGCUUUUGCCCUGCAUUUCUACCGCUCCUUGGUGGCACACAAGACAGACCGCCACAAGCAGGAGCUAGAGGAGCUGAGUCGCCUGCAGGGGGAGCUGCAGGCUGUGUGAGGCUGGUGUUACCCACCGUUAUAGGUCCUGCCUUCUUCAGUGUUCAGCCAAAGGCCGAUGGUCUACAGACCACUGUUUCCUGACCCUGCCUGGAGGCACUUCCUAUGGCCACUCUUAAAUAGAGACCAGGUUCCUGGCCUCAGGGUUCUUUGGGCUGGGCCUUUGGGCAGCUCCCACAUUCCCAGGGAUUCUCCCUGUCAGCCUGUACCAUGGUUUUUGUAAGUUCUGUUCUUCAUCAGGGCUGGGAGGAGCAAAGGAGGAAUUAGAAGGUCCUCAGUCCAGGGUUCAUACAGUAGGUGGAAUGGAGGCAGGGAGACCUUUGGUGCUGACUCUUACAGCCACUUGCCCCUAUAUAGGAUGUGGAGGUCAGGUUACACGCCCGCCCAACUGCCCCAGAAGGCAGCCAACCCUUGCUUUAUUUUUGUAGAAUCUAUUUUAUGGUUGGCAUAUGUUGGGAAGCUUUUCACCAUCCCCACAUUUCUAUCUGUUUCUCACACUUGCUUUAGUUGCUAUAUAGAGGGAUUUGGAUGUUUCUGCCCCAGGCAUAGGUCCAGACUUUCCUAGAAGGAGCCUCCCUAUUUUUGGAGGUUCAAGUGCCUGUCCAACUUCCCUAGACCCACACUUAAUGCUUCUGUAUCUGAUUCCCACUCUUCGGUGCCAGUCUUGGGGGUCUUUGGAGGCUGUGGAGUUGUGCACCCAGUUUGACUCCCUAGCAAGGGGUGGGGUGAGGUUUUAAAGGAGAAGGUCCAGUCCCUAACCCUUGGAGUACAGAGCUAUUCUGACACUGAAUUUUUGAUGCACCUUGUUUGUAUAAUAAAUUGUUUCACAGAUGUGCCUGUGACUGUGAAUGGGGUGAAGGGGAGGCUUCCUUGGGAUCAGGUGACUUGGUCCUAAGAGAUCAGUAGAGGCAAGUGUACCUGGGUGCUGGACAAGGGUGUGGGAGAGUAGGUUCCAAGUAUGACCUCCUGAUGCUAACAGGGCCAGUAGCUUCUGAAUGUAGAGACUGAGUUAUUCCAAGGCAAAAGGCUUUUGCACUCUUGUUCCUGAGCCUAGGGUCUCUCUCUUUUCCAUUGAGUAGCAUAACUUUCUUUUACUCUUUAGUUGUUUUUUAAUUUUUGAGUGACUAUUACAUAUUAGGGUCUUUCAUAGGUUAUCUCAUUUAAUCCUCACAACCACCCAAAGACACAAAUCUUUCUCAUUUCCAUUUCAGAGGUAAGGGACCUGAGGCCCAAGGCUGAAGAUUUUGCUCAGAGCCACACAGCUAGUCAGUGAAAGCUUGGAUUACCUUUACUAUCACAUAGGGAAUCUCUUAAUGUUUGACUUGAGAAAAUGUAAGGAUCCCAAUCCUCUCUCUUUUUCUUAUAGUGUGAGAUCUUGAACA